AUGGCCAUGCUGCUCGACGGCGGGCCCCAGUUCCCCGCCUUGGGGGUCGGGGGCUUCGCGGCCUCUCGCCCCCACCCGCACGACGUGGCCAUGGGGCUCAACCACCCUUUCGGCGAUUCUUCCUUCAAACUCAGCCCGGCUGCCCACGAACUGGCCGCGGGCCAGGGAUCGGCAUUUACGCCGCAAGCUUCGGGCUACGCGCACCACCACCACCACCACCCGCACCACCACCACCACCACCCGCCGCCGCCGCCUCACCCGCACGCCGCCGCCAGCCAGGUGCCCUCGCCUUACGUGGCCGCCUUCAACUCCACGCGGGACUUUCUCUUCCGCAACCGCGGCGGGGGCUGCGCCCUGGCCGAGGCGUCCUCGAGCGGCGGCGGUGGCGGGGCCAGCGGGGCCCCCGCCGGCUCCCCGGCCCAGCACGGCCUCUUCGGCAGCAACCCGCCCGGCGGCCUCCCGGACGGGCCCGGCGGCUACCUGCUCUUCCCCGGCUUGCACGAGCAGAACGCGGGCGGCCUGCCUUCCCCGUCGGGCCCCGUGGAGAGCGGGCAGCUGCACCUGGGCUUGCGCGGCGACUUCUUCGGCCGGCCGGACUCCUACCGGGGGGUCUCGAGCCCCAGGGCGGACGCUUACGGCGGCGCGCCUGCCUUCCCCAACUACGGCCCCGUGAACGUGAACGUGAACGUGGGGGGCAUGAACGUGGCGGCGGCUGCGGCCCACCACCACCACCACCACCACCCCCACCCCGCCGGCGCCGGCGCCUUCUUCCGCUACCUGCGGCAGCCGGUCAAGCAGGAGCUGGCGUGCAAGUGGCGGGACGCGCCUUCGCAGCCGCCGGGCCCCUCCAGGAACUCCUGCGACCGGCAGUUCAGCACCAUGCACGAACUGGUCACCCACGUCACCCUGGAGCACGUCGGCGGGCCCGAGCAGAACAACCACGUGUGCCUCUGGGACGACUGCGCCCGCCAGGGCAAGUCCUUCAAGGCGAAGUACAAGCUGGUCAACCACAUCCGCGUCCACACGGGCGAGAAGCCCUUCCCCUGCCCCUUCCCGGGAUGCGGGAAAAUUUUCGCCCGCUCGGAGAACCUCAAAAUCCACAAAAGGACCCACACAGGAGAGAAGCCCUUCAAAUGUGAAUUUGAAGGCUGUGAUCGGCGUUUUGCAAACAGCAGCGACAGAAAGAAACACAUGCAUGUGCACACUUCUGACAAGCCAUAUGUUUGCAAAGUCUGCGAUAAGUCUUACACCCACCCCAGUUCCUUAAGGAAGCACAUGAAGGUCCAUGAAACACAGAGCUCCGAAUCGUCCCCUGCAGCCAGUUCAGGCUACGAAUCCUCCACACCCCCUGCCCUGGCUGCUGCCCCCAGUAAGGACUCUGCCAAGCCUCCCCCUUCAGCUGUCCAGGCGGCCACCCCCAACCCUGGUCUGCCCCCCAACUUUAACGAAUGGUACGUCUGAGGAGGAACCGCUCAGCCACGGCCUGCCAACCGAGCCCCCUCUGAUUCCCCGCGACGUCAAAGGACGCCCAGCAAUUUCUGUCUGGCCUGCUGCUGGAUUUUACAGGACAAAAAUUGCCAAAAGGAACGAGAAAAGUGGGGAUGUAGGGGAGCAGGCGUCCUGUGGCUUGUCAUCCCCCACUCCAGUCUAAGAGCCAGAGGCUGGACUUAACCAUGUCUGCUUUUCUCAGGAUUAGCUGGUUCUCUUUCUGCAUUGAGUGUUUCUUUCAUUUUUU